AUGAGUCCGGUAUUUCCGCUUCUUCGUGCUCUGGGAAAGCCCGCACGUCUUACCGAAGUGCGGGUAGCUGCCGCUGAGGCGGCCCGUCAAUAUAUCUUUGGUUCGUCUCAGUGUGCAUCGUCGCCGCGGCCGAUUGCUUCAGACAUGACCGGAUUUCAAUGCAUCUAUCAUGCAGGCGAAGGUCUGACUAUACCCAUGACAUUUCUUGGUUCCUGUAAGGAGCAUGGUGACCAGGUGGUGCUGGUUCAUGUUGCGGGCCUUCCUGGUGCAUUCCCUGUGUCCAUGGAUGAGUUGGGGCGUCACAGGCACUUGUUCAGUCCAAAACGAGAGGGCAUAACGUCAGCUACGGAGGAAGGUGAGCAGUUGGCUCUAUUCUGUGCGACAGAGGCAGUGGGGAACGGGAUUCGAGAGUUGAAGGUGCUAGAUCAAUUACUAUCAGUCUCACGAAGACGGUUGGCAUCGCUUCGCGGCGUGGAAGUGUUGCUUAAGAUUGGUAGUCGUAUUAAUGAUAAGGCCCUAGAACUCUCUUUUCCGUAUCAUUGUGGAGGCACACAUGCCUCAAAGCAUUACUUUGACAUUACGCACGAGGCUUGUACACUUUUUGGUCAUCACAUCAGGCAUGGGAUGAAGAUGCUUUGUCGCUACGGUGCAGCAGUCAUGGUGGGCAUUGCGCCCGAUGAAUCUUUUGGGUGCCCUGUUCCUUUUUGGAACCCAUUGGGUGGACCAGCUGCAUGUUUAGCCCCAAUGUUUCACGGAUGCCGGGCGAUUCCAGUUGGGGAGGUGAAAUUGGAGUAUAACGGUCCCUCCACGAGCUCUCUUCUUCAUGCACCAGAGGAUCCUGCACGGUAUUUAAAUCCAACAGUAGACGGCAAGUACGACGUCACCGUGUGGCUUACUGAGGGUCUUUUUGGCGUAAAGGUGGGACAGCGAGUAGAAGACGGUUGCGCUGUGUACGGUGUCUGCUACAAUGCGGAACGUUGUGAGUUUGAGUUGCAUGUUCAAGAAUUGUUGACGGGCGAGAUUCGCCCGUCUUUCUCGUGUUUCUUAACCCCACAGUGA